AUGAAUAAUGAAGUAAAGGAUAAAAUUUUAGGUAUUGAAAUAGAAGAUGAUAUAGAAUUAGAUGUUGAAGAUAAAGAAUAUAAUUCUGAAAUUGAAGAAUCUAAAGAUGAAUACAUGAAAAUUUCAUUUAAAUUAAUAAUUAGAAGAAAGG